AUGGCCCAGCAGCCGAACAACCUCUCGUCCCAACAGACAACUUGCGGCCCAACAGCUGAACAGGCCCAGCUGCCAAUUUUUGAGCCAACUGUGCACCAUUUUAUGUUUACAAAAGCCCGCAGCUUGUCAAAAUUGGGCCCAAAAUUAGGCCGACUUGAUUAUCUUCAGGAUCCUUUUGCGGCCACCGAACCUGCUUCCGCCGGCAUCGUGCUACUGCCGCCACCCUGUGCUCGUCGGGACCCGACCUGGCUGCCACCAACAUCUCCACCCUCGACCUUAAAUCAUAGCACUCGCUGGGCCGACCUCACGAUGGCCCAAAUUGCAACUCGUGUCUUUCGCGGCGACCGAACCACAGAUGCGGUGGCUGACCAAAAACGUCUCCAACGGUACAAUUGCCCGGGCCAGCUCCCAAUUGUUUACCUCCGCGAGAGAGGCUCGUCUUGGAUAGUAGAGGCCACGUGGGAGUCGUUGUCCCUUCGGCUAGAUCAGAGAAUCCGAAAAGCGGUGCUGCUCGUUGGUCGGGAAAUCGAAGAAAUUUGGCCAGCUGGGUUGUUGUUCCGUCGAGAAAUCAAAGAAAUCCAGCGGGCUGUUGGUCGGAAAAUUGAAGAAAUCUGA